AGAUUUUGAUCACAUGGCCACGAAGUCAUUCUAAAAGUAUGCUGCCAGCGUAUUGCCCACAGAAAUAUAUAAACCGUUGAGAGUGAGCGGCCGUGUCUACGCAACGAGCAUCAUUUUCAGAGCUUUGAGUCAAUCGGCAGCAUCGGGCUGGUGGAUACAAAACAGACGAGCGGGUGACGAAAGCAAAAAUGCCGAAUCAAACCACGGAACUGUCCCCCACCCAAGGGAGUACCGUGCUUUCAUUUUCUGACAGCUCUACCGUCAUCAGCUCCACCAUCACGGGCACCUCCACCUCAAGAAGUUCUUCGUCCCCUGACGUUUUUGACAUUAUUGCAGCCAAUGACAUCAUCUCCAGAGCAAACUACGUCUACAGCUUCAUCACCGCCCUGGGCUUCUUGGCAGGCUGCUUCCUGCUCUACAGCUUCAUCCAGACAUACAGGGCCCACAGGCGGCUGGCGUGGCUCGACUGUCUCCUCUGGGUCUUCUGCGGCUUGCAGCUGCUGCUCCUGCUCCUCUCGCUCCACAUCGCGGCCUACAGACCCCACUACCUGAAGACCACAGCUUUGGGUUGUGCUGCUCUCUCCUUCACCAUCAACACGGUGUCUCUGUGCGGCCUGCUGGUCUUGGUGCUCAUGGCGUACGUCCUCACUCUUGAUCCGCCCUCCCACGCCCUGCUGAGGAAGCCUGGGGUCUGCGCGGCGCUGGUGAUCCUGACUUCUGCGCUGAUCUCCCUGGUGCUGGCUGUGAUUCGUGGACCGCCUGACGGUCUGCAUAGAGUGAGCAACUGUUUUAUGGACCCCAUCAGUGCUGGAGCUUCAUAUGCAGCUGCCAGACUGUGCAUGGCUUUUCUGAUUCCCUACAUCCUCCAACUGGGCCUUCUGAUAAGUGGCUGUGUCCGGCAGUGGAAGUCUAAAGGACGCUUCCUCUCCGGCUCUGAGGAGGGUCCCGUGUUCCUCACGGUCACCGUGAUUAUGUUUUUCUGCCUGCUGUUCUACAGCGUGGCGCUGCUGAGAGGAGCUCAGCCUGAAAGCGGGAAGAUGCUGAGCGAGCACGAGCGAGUGUUUCUGAGCGUGGCCGAGCUGGUGCUGUUCUCAGGGAGCAGCGUCAGCCUGCUGCUCGUGCUCUUCAUGCACCGGCCUUGUCGAGAGAGCCUCCACGGGGUUAUGAGGCAGCUGAGGGACUGCUGUCGAAGCCCAGGGCGCACGCAGCCCAACAGAAACAUCAUCGCGCCACACAUCGAGAUCACAGACACCUUGCAGGACAUAGAGUCGUAGAGGACAAAAACUCCCUCAUGUACAAGGACAGAGCUUUCUGAUGCGUCAAACUGAAGACUUUGGAGAUCUCACAUAGUCGAGAUAUUGUUAAGCUAUCCUUAAAAUGCCUUUUGACUAUGUUAAUGUAUUUACAGUCAUGCAUUUUAAUUUCUCUGCAGAAAGUUUUCUAAUCUUUUUUUUUUUUU